GCUGUUACCGUAAGCCUUUCAAUGAAAUACCGAAGAAGCCACGAAACGAUUCGCAGUGGUAGGGUUUUAAGGGGUUUUUGAGUUUUUCACUCGCAAAUCUCAAUCUCAAUUUUUUCACUCGCAAUUCUCAAUCUCAAUUCCAGGCUUGAAGAGUAAUCUAGAAGUGCUUUUAGUUUUUGCUUGCAAAUGGAUAGGCUUUCAGGAUAUAAGAGUCUUGGACCUAAAACAAAGAAUCUUGUAGUUGCCGGAGGCUUGACGGCAUUUGUCUUUGGUGUGUACUUCUAUACCAUGAGAGCUGUUGGAGGUACAGAUGAACUACAGAUGGCUAUAGAUAAGUUUGAAGGGCAGAAAAGCAAGAAAGAGGCUGAGGGUUGAAGCAAGCAUGUCACCAAAGGUUUAAUCUUGUAACCAGUUUUAUAAUAAAGUAAUCAUGGACACGGCUGAAUGUAUUUUGUGAAACAGAUCAUAUGAGUCUGUUGUUUUGUUCCUUCAAACAUGCGAUCAGAGAUUUAAACCAAACUGUUUCAUGUACAUAUAAACCAAAUGUCAAAUGCCUGCUUGUGUGGAAGUUCAUUUAUA